AUGGAAUUUGAGAGGAUUACAGUCACAAAAAGAGGACUUGAAGUGUAAUAAUAACUUAAGCAGAUACUUGGGUUUAAAGAAUACAAAUAAGCACGAACUAUAAGAAAGAAGGGUAGAGUAAAAUAUUUAGAAAAUAUGAUAGACUAGAGUGACAAUAUUUUGAAUAAACAACAAGAAUAAGGUAUCUGUAAUCCUGAUCUUUUGGAACCUAAAGUAGAGACUUCAGAAUAGAUUCAAUUGUUUCUAACAAAUAGAUUCAAAAAUAAUAGAUAAAAGUAUAUUCAGAAAGAUAUUGGAAAUAAUAGUUAGUCAAAGAAGAAGUUUGGAUGUAGUUUCCAAAACGAAACUAAUCGUUCAUUUAAGUAUUUAGAUUUUAGGUAAAUGUAAUAUCUGAAAACUAAUAUACUGAAGGGUUUUUGUUAACAAAUAAGAGUGAAAAAUGGAAUAUGAGUAAUGAUUUUGUAUUUGGUAAGUGUAGAAGCCUUAAGGUUAAGAGACCAUAAACGAUGAGGAUAAAUAAUUAGCAUAUUAAUAAGCUCGAAUGGAAAGAACAAUAAGAAAACAUGAGUAAUUCAAUGAGCAGACAUAACAUAUACCGAAAUUUGAAAAGGGAAGGGAGAGAGGAUAGAACUUUAUGAGUGAGUUAUUGAAAUCAAUGGAAAAGAGAGGAAGUUCAACAAGAGUUGAAAGUUUAUAGGAAAUAAAAUUAAAAUUUGGAGAUAAUUUGGAUUUUCUAGAAUAACCUAAUUGUAGAAAAGAAAGAUUUAAAAAAACAAUGACUCAAAUUCAUUUAAAUAAAUACGAGAAAUAAUGGAAGCAUUUGAGAGUUGGAAAGUGA